AAGGCCAACCAGGGCGGGAUCCAUGGCGGGUCGUUAGGACACACACACCGGAAGCUGCUCCUAUUUAAGACUUUUUCCUCUCUGUGUGUCUCUCAAGCCGCCAGACGAAAAAGAAAACCCACAGAAAAUCUCAUCAUCGGAAAAAUAAAGAAAUCCACCGCCCACUGGACGACAAACAACUUUUUUUGUUGUUGGAUUGUUGCCGGCCCGGUUUGUUUUUUCUACUUCGGGAGGGGCCAUCUGACAACGUGAAAAUGAAGUCGCGUGCUCACGUCGUCGUCGUCACGUCGGCUUUCAUCUUUGUCACAUUUUUCAUCCGGCCCAUCACUCCGACGGACGUGUGCGCAGGGACGGCCCUGGGCAUGGAAUCGGGACGGAUCCCAGACUCUGACAUUAGCGCCUCGUCGUCUUACGCCCGCAGCGUCGGUCCCGAACACGCCAGGGUCCGGGUGGAGAAAGGGGGAGGAGCCUGGUGUCCCCGUCCGGCCAUCCAGCACAAUGUCCGUGAGUGGCUGGAAGUUGCCCUUCCAUCAUCCGGUCACGGCCCCUUCCUGGUGACGGCCAGCGAGACCCAGGGCCGAUUCGGAAACGGCCAGGGCCAGGAAUUCGCCGAAGCGUUCGUCAUUGAAUAUUGGCGCCACCAUCUGGGCCGUUGGGUCAUUUACAAAAACGCAAAUUCCCACCAGAUUUUGCCGGGCAACAGCAACCCUUGGCUGGCCGUUGUCCAGCAGCUGGAUCACCCAUUUGUGGCCGAGAGGAUCCGUUUCCUGCCCUACAGUCACCACCCGCGCACCACCUGCAUGCGGGUAGAGAUCUACGGCUGCCCCUGGACAGGCGGAUUGAUGGGCUACACGUCGCCAAGAUGGCCGGUCGGUCAACAUCUGGUCGUCGACUGGGCAGAGAAUCUCGACGACAUUUCCUACGAUGGAGAUGAGACGAGCAAUGUCGUCGGACUGGGCCAGCUGGCCGACGGAGUCGUCACCGACAACCGGACAUCCAUCAACGGGACAUUUUUCGGCUCCAGCUGGGUGGGCUGGAUGAAUAAUGGAUCGUCAUCUUUAUCCACUGGUAAAGUCCAACUCGUUUUCGAAUUCCAUACGGCCCGCCAGUUUACCGGCCUGACGCUCCAUUUGGCCCGGCCACCCGCCAGCGACUCCUCCACACCACCACCGACGGCCAAUAAUAACAAGACGACCAAUUCAAGAGGAGGAUUGACCGGCUGUCUGGUCCAUUUCGCCGUCAACCGGGCCAAUUAUCUGGGCAAAGUUGUCCGCGCUCCAAUCAUCCCCAACACCCAACAACAACCACAACAACAAGCGGCCAUUUACGACGUUGUGGUCGAUUUAAAAGGCCGGGUGGGCCGCUACUUGAAAUUGGAACUGGAAUUCGACGGCCAGUGGCUCCUGAUGAGCGAAGUGAAUUUCCAGUCGAUUCCGCACGACGGCAACGUCACCGUCCAUCCACCGGAAGAGGAAGAAGAGGAGGAAGAAGAAGAUGCGAUGGAUGCCAAUCCGUCGGAAGAGCAAGGACCGGAAAUUCCCAUCAUCGACGACAGCGACGGCGGAUCGCACGACGAAAACGACGACGACAUUUUCGAGGAAAUUUCCACCGUGGCAGAGGAUCAGAGGACGGCCUACAUCGGAUUGGUGGGCGGAGUCUUGUCCAUCGUCGUUUUAUUGCUGGGCACCGGCCUGGUCGUCUACCUGAAGCGGCGCAAAAAUCGACACGGCAAACAAGUGGCGGCCAUUUUGCAUCCGGGCGGAAGCAGUUGCGGCGGCAUCAACGGUGGAUUGAGUGGCGACGGAUUAAACAAGUUGUCGCUGACACCUCGGCCGUCGUCCAGCAGCGGCGAGUCCAGCAGCAAGCAGCGGAUGACGCUGUUGAGUCUCAAACAGUUGGGCCACCACCACAAAGCCAAUUCGAAUUUGGCGCCAUCGGCUCGCGACGGAUUUUACGGCCCAGUCAUGUCCAUGUCGAUGGCGACGGGCGAGUCCGACAGCGACACGUCCUCCUUUUAUCACGAACCUUAUCAACAACAACAACAACAACAGAUGUUGAGUGGCCAAGUCAAGUACAGCAGCCACAAUCACGGGCGCGGUGGUGGUGGAUUCCAGCGGAAUUAUUGCUCCUCGUCGUCUGCGGCCGAUCCGGAAUACGGAUGUCUCAUCCAGAAGGAGCCCUUGCUCCUGACACCAAAGGGUCUCCACUCCAAAGGAUUGUUUCACCAUUCGGCCGCUGCCACCUUGUCGGCAACCACCAACAACACCAACAACAACCAUUCCUUCAAUCCGCUGUUGUCGGCGGCGGCCACAAUGCCGCCGGCCAUGCCGUUACCUCGCCCGCCCUUGUCGUCGUCGGCCGUCAAGCCGCUCCUGAUGACUCACGAGACGUCCAGCAGCAACACCAUGAGCAGCACGGCCACCACAUUCACGGCCCUCCCGUCUGAAAACUAUUACGCAACCACCGAUCUUAUUCUCGGCGAUCGGGGGGUGUUGAAGCCGCUGUUUGAAGACACCUGCAGCGAGUCAUCCGAGCAACAACAACAGCAGAGCAACAACAACAACAACGGGAGCGGGAGUGGCGUGGCCUUUUUCACGGCGCCACCACCGCCGCCGCCGCAACAGCCGCACCCGGCGCCACCGUUCCCGUCGCCCGUCUCGCCCUACGUCAUCCCCGCAGAGUCGCCCGUCGACGACGACCUCUGCCCGCCCGAUUUGGGCCGCCAUCAAAUCGGAUUACUCGAGAAACUGGGCGAGAGUUCAGCCCAGCAAGCCCACAGCAACGCCUUCGGUCCGGCUCCCGUCGUCUCCUCCUCAUCGGUCGUGACUCACACGGCCCUUCAUUUUGCCGAACUGGUCGAUACCGGCAGUUUCGCCGGACGCAAGUGCGUCUUCCUCCGGCUCAUCCGGCGCAGCAACAACAGCAACAACAACAAUGUCGAUGCCACCGAAUUGAUUGGCCAAGUCAAGAGAUUGGCGGUGCUGCGGGACCCGUCCAUCGCCAAAGUCGUGGCCAUGGCCACCAAUUUGUCGGCCGGCAGUGACGACAAAGUCGCCAUGUUGGGACUCAUGACCGAGUACCUCGAGGGCGGACCUCUGCCCAUUUACCUGCGACAGUAUCGCCUCGGGGCGGCCGACAACUUUGAUCCAGGAGUCAAAACAAUCAGUUUGGGCGGUCUCGUUUACAUGGCGACGCAAAUCGCUUCCGGCAUGAAAUACCUCGAGUCGCUGGGCUUUGUCCAUCGCGAUCUCUCCGCACGUAAUUGCCUGGUGGGCAAGGGAUUCACCGUGAAAAUCUCGGACGUGGCCGUCUACCGGACGCUCUUUGCUCGCGACUAUUACUACAUCGACGGACGUGGAUCGCUGCCCGUUCGCUGGAUGGCACCCGAAACUUUACUUUGGGAGGAAUGGAGCAGUCACAGCGACGUGUGGAGUUUUGGCAUAACUUUGUGGGAACUGACUGGGCUGUGCCAGCAGAGACCGUGGCAAUCGAUGGGCGAAACUCUGCUGCUGGCCAGCGUCAUCCAACGGUACCAGGCCACCACCACCACUGCCGUUUCCUCUUCCUCUUCUUCAUCCACUUCCUCUUCAUCGUCGCCGGAAACGUCGCUAAACUCGUCCACCGCUUCCUCAUCCAUCGACAAUUGUCCGUUACCGGCCACGUUACCUCGGCCGGCCCACUGCCCCGUCGAACUCUACCGAUUGAUGGGCCAAUGUUGGACGCAAGAGCCGGCCAGCCGGCCCACAUUUCACGACAUUCACGCCUUCCUCCAGCGGAAUAACAAACACCAUCAACUUUAGACUACCCACCCACCUUUUUAAUUAUAAAAUUAAUCUCAAUUCAAUUCAAGUCAUUGUGUCAAAUUUCUAAUUAAACGAGAAAAAAAUGUUGCAAAAAUGUAUGUGUAAAAAUGAGCUCAAAAUUUUAGCGAAACCCCCCCCCACCACCCUCCUAGUUCAUUAAAAUAUACUCGUCCUCUUCCAAUACGUAUUGUACAUAUACAACCAUCUUCCCCCCUCAAUUUGCAUAUCAGAAUUGUCGUUUUUGUUUGACCUGGAAAAAUUGCGUGCGAGUGCCAAAAUCAUUUGUCGACAAGAAAAAGAAACUGGUCGUUUAUAAUUGUGUGUGUGUCCCGUUCAAAAAUUCUUUCACCUCUUUUCUCUCAUCUCGAUUCCAUUAUUAUUAUUAUUAUUAUUAUCGAAAAAUAUAACAUACGUAAUGAUAU